CACUGGUGCUGCUGCUGCUGCUGCUGAGCCUUGGCGGAGUAUGUGUGAGUGUGUGAGUAUGUGCGAGUGUGUGCUGAUGGUGGACUGUUCCCGGUGAAAGACGCCGAACCCGGCCGCGUGAAAAAUGCCUCACAGCCGCGUGUAAACGGUCGAAGCUCGCGGAGGGGGAGAGAGAGUCAGGUGUCCCGGCGGCUAGAGAGGAAAAUAUGAGCAGGAUGUUGCAAGUUUUAGCGUGUGGCGCCGUAGUUUUCCCCGGUCUCUUCUUCGCCUUCAGGAAGAUCUUACCGUGUGUGUUCAAACACUGGAGCGAUGCCGACGUGGUACUGGUCAGCGAGAGGCUGGUGUCCUCUAUCCAUGCUGCCAUGGCAACCACAGCAGGAGCUGUUGUCGUGUCAUCGUGCUGCGGCAACGUCAUUAAUGACAGGCACUGGCUGGCCACCUACUUUGUCAUCUGGUACGGUGUCCCCUACAUGACGUACGACAUCUUUGCCAUGUACCUCAGUCACUACUACCGCUUCCACAUCAAAGGGCAUGAGGACUACAAGCGGCAUUCACUGAGGACCAUAAACUCCUUUGUCCGUAAGGAGUUCCUGCUGGUCCUGCAUCACAUCGCUCUGCUCACCAUCCUGCUGCCUGUCACACUGUUCUUCAGAAAGGACCAGGGGGAUUUCUUCAUCGGCUGCUUGUUUCUAACAGAGCUCAGCACGCCCUUCGUGUCCCUGGGGAAGAUACUUAUUCAGCUCAGCCUCCAGGACUCCUGGCUGCACAAGCUCAAUGGCGGGAUGGUCCUCUUCACCUUCUUCAUGUGCCGCAUCGCCCUCUUCCCGUUCAUGUACUGGAUGUACGGCCGUCACUACAGCAUCCCUCUCUACAGCGUGCCCUUCCACCUGCCGCUGUCUGCCAACCUGGGCAACUCGUGCAUCUUGGCGCCGCAGGUCUACUGGUUCGUCCUGCUGUGCCGAAAGGGCUACCGUCUUUACCAGCGCAGCCGCAGCCCAGCCUCGUCUCCCACGGCCGACACCGCCGCUGUCACUGACAGUUCAAAAGAUGAUUGAUACACGGACCACGACCGCUUGCUCUAGCCACACACUCAGCUACUAACGCUCAGCCCAACCAUCGUACUGUAGUACACCAGGACUGCCUGCUCUCGUUCCACAACUCCCGGGCAUUUUCCGCACACUUCAACCAACUCCUCUGCCUACGUGGACCUCUCCACCUCCAAUCUAACUCUACUACUGAAGUUUAGUGAUUUAAAUUUUUUUGGGAUGUGACUCUGACCUGGAUCUCGCUGAAGUGCUUCACUGUGUCUGAAUACAUUUACAGCACUGAAAAAAGAAGGAAAAAAAAAAGAUCAUGUUUGCUGCACUGCAAGUGAAAUGUGGAGCAAACGUACCAGAAACUAAAGAGGAGAUACGAUCCUUACUCCUACUGUUUACAGCUGCUGAUUGGAAAGUCCUGUUACAGUGUAUGUUUGUGGGUGUUAUGGCUGGUUUUCAUUUAAGAGUAACAUGUCAGAUAGUUAGAUUUCUUUUCAGAUCAUUUUAUUUGUCACGCUGGUGACAAGGAUUGGGGCCUGUGGUGGGCGGCAUGGAAGUUCAGGCAGUGUUAGCAGAGAUAGGAAAUGAGGAAUACGCGUCACCAAGCAGUUACAUCGUUACCUGGUUAAUGUGAUAGCCUCUGACUUUUCACCAGUUUCUCAUAGUGCACGCAAUUACCUACACUCUUAUUUUCAUCAGUGUUUCCACCCUUCAUUUUCAGGUUUAUAGUUUUCCAUUAUCUGUAGGGAACUAUUUUUGACACCAUGAUUGAUUAAGAAAUGGCCUCUCUCACACAGGGUUUUUUUUUUUUUUUUUUUUUUUUUUAAAAGAAAACAGUAAUAUUGUAAUGUCUUGCCCUGAAAUAAUUUUUUCUUAGGUGUGAAGUUCAGCUCCUAGGCAGAUAAAAUGUAAAAAAAAAUCAUACCUGGUUUAAAUUUGGUCGAGGUCAUCUUCUCAUGGAGUUUUUCCUAAAUUUAAAUUCUGGAUACUUCUACUUGUUCCUCCUCGAUGUGUGGUGGCUCUCCUGCAGUGGAUCCAAACUGUAACUGCUUAACUUUUGUUUUGUAUUCUCAGUUAAAAUGGGGAGCAUCGACCACAUAAGUGACGCCAGCACUAAAGUACCACACCGUCUUUAAUUGGCCACCAGGAGACGACUUUUCUGGGUGCAGAAAGACUUGGAGGGAGGGAUUAGCCCUCACCUCACUUUCUCUUCGACCGCAAUGCUUUCCUGACGACUUUAUGGGCUCAAGCGCUAGUUUCAGGGUCAAAUUUUAUAGUCAAUCUAAGGGCCUGAAAGAAGGAUUAUCCAGGAUGUGAUCACUUGCUCCGCCGCUCUCUCAUCACAUCUGGUUUUAAAAUACCAAGAUUGCGACAGCAGGAGCUCUCAGCUUGUAGCUUGAUAAUUUUGUGACGCGAGGGUUGGCUGUGGGGGGUGAAAAGGGGUAGACGGGAGAGGAAGUAAAACAGGAAAUAACCAAAUGAGAGGUAAACAAGAACUUUAAAAAAAAUGGGUUCAAACUAAGGAUCCUUUUGGGACAUUUUUCCCUUGUUGCUACACAUCCUGCUCUUCUCACCAGUUAUGAUUCUUGACACAAAAGUUGGAUCAAUUCAAAAGAAAACCUGACGUUUGUUCACCUUGAGGUUGACGGUAAGGUGUGAGUGGACAGGAAAGGACUUCCAGUGAGUGAUUAAAAAAAAAAAAAAUAGAAACAAGCCCCAACCGAGGUGAACAGUAAGAUUAGACCAGUGAACUUUAUGCCAGGUAUGGUUUCUUUGGGGGGUGGGGGCUUCUGUUCAAUGCUUCUGUUUUUUGCCUCUAAACGUCACUCAGUCCAGUCUGAUGGCGUGAUGUGGAAGGUACCAUGAGGCCCGGUGAAGGUCAAGCGGCUCCCAGCUGAACUCAGGGGCAAGGUCAGAGUGAUAAAUGGAGGGGUGUGGCUCAUCGGGCCAAACAAACCACAAAUAAUCAAACAAAUACUUCAGAUUAUUUAUAUGCACUUGUGUAUCAGGGGUUGCACUCAUCACAUAGGGGUUUUUAGAGUUACAUUAACUAUCACUUAAAUUAAAUAUAUAUCUUGACUAGAAUAGAGAGGAUCAUUUUAUUGUGCAAAAUUCCAGUUAUUAUGAAAGAAAUGAAACUUCUUACGAAUUAAUCAAAUCAGAAAACAAAGAAUUCUGCGUAUUAUGCAUUAAAUGUCCUUUUUUUGUUUCCUGUAAAUUCAGUCUAUGCAAAACAAAUGUUGGUGCAUGUAUAACUGAACUAACAUCAGGUCAUAUCAAGCUCACCCAUCCCUCAUAUGAUGUGCUCUUUGCACAGUUUUCUAGGAAUCUGUGUUUAUCUCUGCUCUACAUUUCAGUCUUAUUACUGAGUCUUAGUUUUAAUUUUUUUAUUUAUUUAUAAUUGCGUAACGAUUAAAAAUAACUUCAUAUUCAUUGUUAGUUUGUUUUAGUGCACAUGGACACAUUAGAGCUGAAUCAAAACUCACUAAAAAUCCAUUUAAAUGGAACGUCGCGCAGCUUACAGCUAACAGGCAUGAAGCAAACCGCCUUAUGUUAAUCCAGAGUUUUUGUGUCUUUGCUUAAAAAUCUAAAUUGUUGUCUCCCUCUUUUUGGCAGCUUCCGCCAAGCUGUUGUAUAAAUGAUAAAACAUAAUGUAACAGUAGUACAAGUUGGAGCACAGAAAGCUUCUGAACUCUUUUGCCCAGAUUAUUGAUGGGAUCAAAGUGACUGCUCGUGUUAGAAACACAUUCUGCAUGACAGCUCAAAUAUUUUCCCUCUGUGAGUCUGAUCAUCACAACUUGUUGUGAAGGGGGGAGUUAAAGAAGAAGCCUGUUAGCUGAGCAGCAGUUUGGGUAAGAGGAGGCGAGCCGGGCAGCUGAAUGAUGGGCUUGUUUGUCGAGGUUGGCUGGAGUGCGUCAGGGUGCUUUUGUUACUGCAAACAUUCCUCGCUCUUUGUGUUGCUUUUCUGCAUCUUUCAGCUGAAUUUCUCCCACUUUCUCUUUUGAUGAUUCUAAUAGUAUUAAAGGAAUUACGAUAUCAGUUUAUCAGCUGUUUUUUUUUUUUUUUUUUUUUUUACAUACAUGUAGAGGGUUUAAACAUUCUCCAAAUCCCCAAAAAAUCAGAUCCAUCCCCAGUUAAGGCAGUGAGUCUGGGCUACCUUAACUCUAUGCAAGUAAAACCACGCUUCUCAGCAUGUAUUUACACACAAGGUGUUUAUAUUCAUGCUAAAGACAGAACUACAGUUCAGAAUUGUGAAUGUUUUUAUCCCAGAUUCAGGUUUCAGAACUUUACAACUCUCACGCACAAAAAAAUGGAGUGCAUCUAGUCUCUUACACUGCAAGGAGGUGUUAAUAAUAGGACGUUGUUGUUUCAGCACCCUACACUGAAGAAGACGCGUCUCAGUGGACUAUCUUCUUCCCCACUUAAAUGUCCUCAGUGUCUGGUCUGCUUCUGGGAUGACCUCUGAGAUUGAGAUUAAUAAACUGGGCUUGAGUCUAACAGCUGG